GAGGGGCGGUCGUCGAGGCGGUUGCAAUCGGUUCGCUCCCGCUGGGGCUGGGCGCGCAGGCCCCUCGGGCUGCCGGCGGAUGAGCGCGGCCCGGGGGAGGGUGUGGAUGACCCGGGCGAAGGAGCUGGUGGCGUACUGCCUGCUCCUGGGCUUGUCCUUCCCCCUCCUGCUAUUGCUGCCGUUCGUCUGAGAUGCGCCGGGAGACAGCUCGCCCCCCCUACGUGGGGACGGGCGGGAGGAGCCGGCGGGAGCCCCGCUCCACCGCCCGGCGUGCGGUCGGCGGCAGCAGCAGCCCGAGGGACUGACGCCCCGGCUGGGGACGAUGAGGAGCUCGGGCGGGCUUUGCAGCGGUACCACCCAGCCUGCGCGGGCGGGUGGGCUGCCUCUCCCUGCGGGGGGGCCUGCCCGCGGCCCCGGCCGCGCUCUGCCCCUGCGGGUGUGAUGCCACGCCGCGCUCCUUGCUCCCCUUUUUCGGCUGACGGGGACGCCGGGCAGAGACGCGGCGCCGCAGCUUCCCUUUCGUUUUCCCGAGUUGAGCUUUGGCGGCUCGAGGCUGGGGCCGGCGGCGCCUCUGCCCUGAGGCGGCCCAGAUGGGCCAGCGGCCGCGGGCGCUGACACCGCAGCCUCAGCGCGGAGCGGGCGGGCCGCCCCUCACCGCCCUCCCUGACCUAGCCCCGGCUCCUGCCCCAGCGCCGCCGCGCCUCCCCGCCAGACGAGCGCCGGCUGUAACCGUGAGGAAGCUGCCGGCCGCGGCGCUCGCGUUGCAGUAAAUCCGCCGCUCUGCGGGGCGGAGUGUGUCCCCGCCGGCUUGCCGUGCGGGGAGGCGGGCCGGGGGCCGGCUGAGAUGGGAGAGAGCAUGUCCAAGAGGCUGAAGCUACAGCUGGGCGGCGAGGCGGAGAUGGAGGAACGGGCUUUCGCUAACCCCUACCCCGACUACCAGCCCCACGGAGCGGGAGCCGUAGCCGCGGCCGCCCCCAGUGUAGCGGACACCGAGCGGGACACGACGCCGCUGCCGCCGGAGGAGGAGUCUCUCCCCUUCGGCACCGAUGGGAAGGUCAGUGCUCGGUUCUCAAAACGGAUCCAGGCAAAAAUCAAGGACCUUCUGCAACAAAUGGAGGAAGGGCUGAAGACAGCAGAUCCGCAUGACUGUUCUGCCUACACUGGCUGGACUGGUAUUGCCCUCUUAUACCUGCAACUGUACCGUGUCACAAAAAACCAGAGUCACUUGCAGCGAUCUCUUGAUUAUGUGAAGAGAAUCCUUCGGAAUCUGAAUGGCAGAAGAGUUACUUUCCUCUGUGGUGAUGCUGGGCCACUGGCAGUGGGAGCAGUGGUUUAUCACAAGCUGAAAAAUGACAGUGAAUCUAAAGAAUGUGUUGCCAAGUUGUUGCAGCUCCAAAGGACAGUCAUAAGCACAGAUGCUGAACUUCCAGAUGAGCUGCUUUAUGGCAGAGCAGGUUAUCUGUAUGCCUUGCUGUACCUGAAUACUGAAAUUGGUCCGAACACCAUCCCACAAUCUGUUAUCAAAGAGGUAAUAGAUGCUAUUAUUGAAUCGGGGAAAAGCUUUUCAAAGGAGGAGCGGAAAACAGACCGUUGUCCUCUGUUGUACCAGUGGCACAAGAAGCAGUAUGUUGGAGCAGCCCAUGGAGUGGCUGGCAUCUAUUACAUGCUCAUGCAGCCAAUUGCAAAUGUGGACCAAGAGACCCUGACAGAGCUGGUGAAGCCAAGCAUAGACUAUGUGCGUCAUAAAAAAUUCAGAUCUGGGAAUUACCCAUCAUCACUGAGCAAUGAGACUGACAGACUGGUUCACUGGUGCCAUGGAGCUCCUGGAGUCAUCCACAUGCUCAUGCAAGCUUAUAAGACCUUUAAAGAGGAUAAGUACUUGAAAGAUGCUAUGGAGUGUAGUGAUGUCAUCUGGCAGAGAGGUUUAUUGAGAAAAGGAUAUGGGAUCUGUCAUGGCACUGCUGGCAAUGGCUACUCCUUCUUGUCUCUCUAUAACCUAACUCAGGACAAAAAGUACCUCUACCGAGCUUGUAAGUUUGCUGAGUGGUGUUUGGAAUAUGGUGCACAUGGAUGUCGUAUUCCUGACCGACCGUAUUCUCUCUUUGAAGGCAUGGCUGGAGCUAUUCACUUCCUCUCAGAUAUUUCAGUACCAGAGACUUCCCAGUUUCCGGCAUUUGAACUUGGACCUCAAAGGAGGGAAAACAAAGUGGAACAGGACAGCUAAAAGAUCAUUUUGAAUGGAAACUGAUGCCAAAAGAGAUGGGACUGUUUAGUGCCUCUGAUACAGAACCAACUCGACCCUGAACCAAUGGAUGGAUAAACCCCUUUUCUCACCCAGAGGACCAUGAAGUCAUUAGAGCAUGAACGGGAGAAGCCACAUCUAAGUUCUGUUAAAGUGACGCCUUCAGAUGUACGACAAGAGAAGUCAAGUUUUGAACUUUCUCUUUUCUGUUGUGUUUGUCUUCUUCAGGUCUUUGACAUGCUCUGCAUGUUUUUUGGUGUUGUCUGUUGAGCUGAGCCUUGUGUUGUUAGCCAAGCGCCGGUCUCUGUGCGAAUCUCUCUGCUCUGCCCUCGCAUGAGCCCAGCAGCAGCAGUUGUGUCGCUUUCCACAGCGUGGUUACUCGGAGAGUCACACCUUAUGCCAGAGAGCUUGCUGCAGGACAGUGCCCAGCUUCACUGUUGAGCUGGUAGUUGUUAAAAGAGAGGAAAGAUGUUUCUGUGUUCGUGUUUUUUCUGCGUUUUUCUCCCCAGUCCCUCGAAGCCGAGAUGAUGGAAACGAGCCUUUUGUGGUGAAGAGGUAUGAGGCCACCUCAGUUUUUCAGAAGUGUAGCACAUUGGAAGGGAGCUGACUUGCUUUUUCUGCUGCUGUGGGAAAUUUUUCUGAAAGUCUGAAGGAGAGGCCCCCUUUGACACUUGUACCUGGUUAGAUUGUUAGGCACUAGCAGGAGGGAGGAGAUGCUCAUCCCCACCUCUGUAAAGCCCCAUCCCAUGGCAUGAGUUUAACAAGCUGAAGUCACUCAUACUCACUGCUCCUGCUGCUCCCAGGAGCAGAGCAGAGAUAGCAUAACUGUGCUUCUCUCCUGUAUGUGAAUUUGUAAUAAACCUGUCCUGCAGCAUCUACUGUGCUAUUGAGUAAGGGAGGGCAUCAGGGCAGGUUUUCAUGCUUGUAAUUUGGGAUGGCUGUAGCUUCCAAACCAAAACAGUGAUUUUUUAUUUUUUUUUUCUGCCCUUCCCUCCCCCUCCCAGCCCCGCUGCAUUUAGCCCGUGUGGUGUGAUAGGAGCAAUAAAUAUCAGCUGCUUGUGGAGGCUGCAGAAGAUUGGUGAGCAAUAUAAAACCAUAAGUAGAGUACCUGAAGUUGAUUUCAUCUUAAAAUCCAAAACAAAAAAGCCCUUUGCCCUUAGUUUUAACUGUGCUGCUAGUGCUUUGCUUCCCAUGGUAGUGUGGUGGGGUUGUGAAAUACUAGACCUGCCUUCAGAUGCUCUUGAGUAUCAGGCUUUUGGUUUGAGAAGAGCAGUGGGGUGUACUGUAAGCACACUUACAGCAGGCUUAUGUUUUCCAGAUAGUACAUGUGCUUACUGCUUGGGACAGAUAAGUGCAGUGCACUCUGACUUGCUCAAGCUCUGCUGUCAUCCUUCCCUCAGGUCUCCCUGGGCUCUGUCAUUCCAGGUGCUUAUUUUAAUUGGUAUCUUUUGUUGGCUGACAGUGUGACAGAUGGCAGAUACUUUAACCUUUCAGAAGUGCAUCGGGAUAUAUGUGACCUGUGGACCAUCUGCUGAGCACUUGGAGAUGAAUGUUUCUCCUGCAUAAAUCUCUGAACAGUAGCAGGUGACUUUGAACUUUAUCAUAUCUGUUGCCAAAUCCAUUGGGAUGAUAAUCUCCACAAUCAGUUCUCCAGGGCAAGGGCAGCAGUGCCAGUGCAGGGACAACUUAAUGUCACAGUGUAGCUUCUCUGCUGGCUUGUCAGGUAGGAGUAAGAUGUGGGAGCAGUGGGAGAGACUUUUCCACCCCUCUGGCAAAGGGCAGAAGAUGAGGUAAUGGGGCACCAAACCCAGCUGUAUCACUGCAGCCAGGGCCAGGGGAAAUGCAGAAGGGCAGUGGAAAUGAGGGAAGCUGCAUGAGAAGCAGCUGUGGUGAAGCAAAGCAAAGGGGCAGAAGGCAGAGGGAACAGUGAGGAAUUGUCAGGAGCUGAUUUCAGGAGGCACUGCACAGUGUACCAGCAGAGGGACGUCUCCAAUGAGAUGUUCCUCCUGUCAAGCAUGCUAAGGUCUGUUAUUUCUGUUUGCAGCCUGUGGAUCACUGAUACUGCCCAUAGAUAAGCCAGGGAGGAAACUUGCCCAGGGUCAACUUUCACACAAACCCUAGCACAGAAGGGAGAUGGCAUCCCUGAUCUUGUUUCACAUCACUCCCACUUUAUUCCUUCCCCUCUUCUGUGAGUGCAGAACCAGGGAGGAGGCUUGCCAGGUCUGCAGGAACUGCCUGCAAACAGCACAGAUGCCACAGCCCUUCCUGUGUUGUGCUGACCACUUAACUUACAGAGUUGACAGGCAGGUAUUUUCAGUCAGUGAUAGAUACAUAUAAUUCUUCUUGGCUUCUGAGCUUGCCAUGGCUCUUGUGGGAGAUGAUUUUUGCUGGCUGGAGCCCAAAGGGCAUUAAAACUUACAGGUUUAACAAAAUACAUAGGUAUAUGCACACUUAGAAUAGCUUAAUACUGAGCAGAUCUCUGACAUGCUUGAGUACACCUGUGGAAAUAGUAAGCAAGUCAGCUACCAGCUCCUUCUGUACUGUAGCCAGCCCUCUGAUGGGAUGGGGCCUGGCACUGUGUCUCUCCACAUAAUCCUCCUGGAAUAGUGCAGGGCUGGAAAUGUAAUGUAUCAAGUCAGGAAUCAGAUAUCUAACAGUGCAUCAGCCCCCUCUCCUGAUGUGACUUUCCUUUUGGCUCCUCCUUUCUGUUCAUCACAGUAUUGUAAUAUCUAGGUGGUCCAUUAAGAAAGAUUAUUGUGUGGAGGUGAAAAAACAUAGUUCAUCAAGGCAUUGUUCUCAGAAAUCAUACCAAACUAAACCGUGGAAAAUGUCUUACUAUUCCCUGGUUUGCUUUGUUUGUGUGUUAUAGUCCAUCUGUUGCAAAAUGUGUUUAAAAUGGACAUACUCUUUGGGCAGAAUAAGAGGAAAAAAAUGCUGAUGUUUUGUUCUUUGGCUUUAUUAGUAAAGAUCAAGCUAUGUGGUGGUCAUUUGUGUGAUUCUUUUUUUUUUUUCUUUUUUUUAUUUCUUCCUUCCCUUCCCUUGUAUAUGCCAUCUUUCCCUCUGAUACCUGUCCCACUGACAGCUGACUCCUGAUCUGUAGUCUUGCAGAGUAAAACACGUGCCAGAAAGCAGACAAGUGGCUUGGUUUUUAGCCUUCAUCUUUUGCUAGCAUUUCAGGCCCCUUUACUGCUGCUGCUCCAGUGUGAUUUUUAGUGUGCAUUGCUUAGUUCAAAGUGUUGAUCUCCUUUCUGGUCACAUAUGUCCUGUUGAACAGUGCAGCUAAAGCCUGACUCACUACAAGCUGGUUUUUAAGAACACACGUACAAAAAUCUCUCUGUCCAGCUGCCUACCAUCUGCUUUCCAGCUUUUAGAGAGCUUGAUGUUUUUCCCUUAGCUAGGCUUUAACAGAAGGAAACUUCAAGUAUGUUGCAAGCAAGGGGUGGUAUUUCUCUUUUACAAAGCCCCAUGUGCUGCUCUCUGCCACUGAGAGCAGCUCCUGCUUUUUUAUAUUUGUUUUUUUUUAAUUAACAGCAUUAUCUCUAGGACCUGAAGAUCAUCUGUACAAAUUUAGCUGUAUCUAGACAAAUGUGUUAAAGCUUUUCUAGCACAAGAGUUCUCAUUAAAAAGAGGAGGGAGGUGGGAGGAAGCACAUGUGCUGUGUUUCAGGUAACAGCCAGGCAGCAGUUUCUGUCCCAUCAGGGUGUUUUGAUGCAGCAGUCUUUUUCCUGGUUAAAUUGUAUACUUUCCCCCAUUUUUUCUUUGGAUUUAUGUUGACUCACAGGUGCAAGAAGCCAGGUUCUGCAUGGCAGAGCAGCUGUUCUGCAUGCAGGGAGCAGCAGUGACCUAUCCUUAGCCACUGAUUCUCCUUGACAUCUGCAAAUGGGCUGCUGUAAAUCCAGCUGUAGCUAUUAGAUAUCUUAGGGUUACGGAGCAGGAUUAAAAUACAGAGGGAGACAUAGGUAGAGCUACAUACACCUGUCUUGUGACUUCUUUCUUUACAUAAAGCCAAAAUUACACCUGUGCAAAUAAGGAGCUGAGGCUGAAGGUCUGCUUGUCACUGUUCUGCUUUCUCUGCUGUCCUUUUCACCUUGAGGCAAAUGGCAGCUGGGGGUGGUGGCUAACAGCUGAACCUCUUCUUUUUAAUAGCCUUGUUCUCUAGCAGUUGCUUUGUAUAAAUAGCUUAUGCUGGAGGUUUCCUUGUAGCAGUUUCCUUGUCCCAGAGUACAAACAACUGAAAUCCCAGAAAGCAGCACAACUUCCCAGGGACAGAGGAUCAGAGGAAGUGCUGCAAAGACAUCCUGGCCCAUCUUUCUCACCCACUGACUUAGCAGUGAUGCAUUAAUUAGACCAGAAAAAUAAAUACAAUAAAAUAUCAAA